GGGAGAGGAUUUCUGUCCUGGGGUAAUAUGAUGUUGGGAGGGAUUUAAUAAACAACAGGAAAGAUAUAAAGAAAAGGAUUUGUAAGGGGGACAGUGACGGCUGUGGAUUGCUAUAAUAUUAUUUGUUGCUAAAGGGGGCAGGCAAAGCAUUCUUUUCUAAACUUUGACUUGGGAUAUGGCUGUCUCUCUAGCAUGAGUUUAUGCUGUUGGCAUAAGUCUCCUGGGUCAGACAGAACUUCACCUCGACACUAGUGAACCAGUAUAAGUGUGGUAUGUGUAAUGCCUAUUGACAGAAUGUCUGGACGUGGCAAGAGGAAGGCAAAGCCCUGGUCUUCAAGAUCCCAGUCAAAGAGGGCUGGUUUGCAAUUCCCCGUGAGCCGUGUCCACCGGUACCUGAAGAAGGGGCUCUAUGCUGUGAGAAUAAGCCCCAGUGCUGCAGUUUACCUGGCCUCUGUGCUACAGUACCUGAGUGCCGAAGUGCUGGAGGCAGCAGGGUACGUGACCCAGGCAAAGGGGUACCACCGCAUCAUGCCAAGGCACAUCCUGCUGGGCAUUAAGUGUGAUGACGAACUGCAUAAACUCUUCAACCAUGUGACUAUUCCGCAAGGAGGUGUCCCGCCCAGAAUUGAAAAGUUGCUUCUGAUCAAGAAACCCAACAAAAAGUCUGCAAGUAGAAAGAGAGCUGCCCCCUGCUAGCUCCCCUCCAGCUGCAGCUGAGCCUUGAAAUGAGGGGUGGGGUCUGGCUCACUGAGACUGGGUUUCUGUGCUACAGGCUUCACUUGGUGCACUUGGUUUGUGUAUUGCUGCUAAAGAAUAUUUAUUCAGACUGGUGAUUUGUAUACGCUUUUUGAUGUAUGAAAUACAGGUUUAUUAGACUA